AUGGCUCUGUUGUACAGAUUCGCGCAGCUACCGGAUCGCGGUGGCACGCGGGUCUUCUCAUUUGUCGUUACCAGGAGUGUCGUACGUGACCCGGAAAGAGACGUCACCAGCAAAGAGCUAGUUUGUGGAUUUCAGAGAUGGGCAGUUGCAUUCUCCCGAGGGGACAAGGUCCUCGGUGUAUAUCUAGUCUGGCGUGGCGCGGCACCAGGUUUACGUGUCUAUGUAGACUUCACCUUCACCCUCCUCAACCGCGAGCACUUCUCAGUGAAUGAAGGUUUCUCCGGAAAACGCGUGAAGUUCACCUACGAUGCGCCAGCCCAGGGCAACCGGAACUACAUUCCGGUCUCGGACCUCUAUAGCCGCAACUUUGCGGAUCCGAACGGGGAAUUCCAACUGGAGUUAUCCAUGGCGAAUGUGCGGACGGUCUUCACCGCAGAAGUCCGAAUGUUGACGGGAGUUUUUACCGGAGGUCAACAGAAACCGAAUAAACUCGAGACAGGGUACUUUACAUUCGGCGGGUUCGAUUGGAACCUUGCGAUCUACCCUCAGGGGAACAAGGAGGGCGAAGUCCGUCAGGAAGGUCGCCUGAGUGUUUAUCUGGUCCGCCUGACGGGUUUCGAUCAUCGCUGUCGUGUGCGCUACAGCGUAGCCCUUGGGGAGGGCGAGCGAAGGAUGGAAUCAGGUCAGAUCGAGGACCUGUCUGACGCGGAGGGUAGAGGCUUCGGUUGGCACCCGCGUGUUCGUUGGUCGGACAUAGCACACAAGGGAAUCCUGCGCGUGUCACUCGAAAUGGUCGAAGCGAGAACCAUUUCCGAGGUGGCUGUUCAGGCGCUGGGACAUGCAAGCCUCCCUGCAGCACCUUGCUACGACCGAGACAAACAAGCUUGGGCCAUCCGGGCGGACCUUCACUCCGACACCGUUCGCCUUCAGCUCGUCUACAAGGACAUCCACAACGUCCCGCGAAAUCACCUUCGAUACAUCAGCUGGUCCGCGUUUCUCAUGCGGGGAGACGAGCCGGACGCAGAAGCAAUCCUCCUCCCUGGCGCUCCAUUUUCCCGGUACUACGCACAGGAACCCGCGGACGAGGGCAUCAUCAUGGAGACGAGCUUGGGGGUCAAUGAAGUAAACGACAAUCACUGUCCCUUCUUGACGGAUAAAGGACAGCUGAGAAUCCGUCUAGAGUGGAACGAAAGUCAUCUCCUCUUCCAAGCGACUUACCAUAAAUACGAUGAUGUCUGUCGGGUUCACAACCAACAGAUGCGGAGAGAAAUUGCAGCGCUCCAGGCGGAAAACUACAGCCUUGAGCGUCAGCUAUUCAGUUAUCAAAAGUCACUGGCUUAUGCGCAAGCGCAACAGCAACAGGCGGGACAACCGGGUCCACCGGGUUCGCAGCAGCAUUCAGGUCAUGCCGAGGGCCUUGAGAGGUCAGCUUCGACAGACACUGAAUACGCCUGA